UGGCUCCGUCAUCACUGUGCGACAGCAGUACCUGCUCUCCACAUGUGAGAGAGAGCUGCAGCUGUGCUGAUCCAGUAAACAGGUAUGGAGGAGUGAACAGAGCUCACCUGUAACUGAGAGCAUUUGGCAAUUACAGUUCAUCUUCUGGAGGAAUCGCUCCACCAGUCUGAUUCUAAUCUGCUGAAUACAGACUGAUAGAGGGGGGGAUGGUGGAGAGCAUGGCGGCACACAGUGAGAGAGAUUCUGAGAGCUCAGCGCAGAAGAGGAUGAAUAGGAAGAGGAAUUUUAGUCGGGGAAAAGAAGGAGAAGAAAGAGGAGAAGGUGGGGAAAAGAGGAAGAUGCUGGACUCGUUGUCUGUGGGUUAUUUCCGCAGAGUCUCAGAGCGACUGGAGGAAGAGUUCGCAGAUGAUGAGGAGAGAGCUCUUUUUAUAGAGAAUGUUCUUUCGGAGGUGAAGGAUAAAGCUGGCCUUGUUGCCACGGAUAGGGCGGCCAGUGUGACCCUCCAGAAGCUGCUGUCAUUGGCUUCUCCCGCUCAGGUGGGUGAGGUGCUGGCCGAGCUGGGAGGAGAGACAGGAUCGGAGUUCCAGGCUGUGUCGUGUAAUAGGUGUGGAGGCCACGUCAUGGAGAGCGCCCUCAGGCAGGUGGCCAGGUGGAACGAAGAAACGCCCGCUGAAGAGAAGAGCAGCUCUAAAACUGAAGAAGAUAAAGAAGAAGAGUCAGAUGGAGGAGCAUGUGGGCUUCUGGAGGCUCAGGUGGUAUCUCUGUGUCGAGUGGUGAGAGAGAACAUUGUGGAGUUCAUUAAAGACGCUCAUGGAACGCAUGUUGUCCGAACUCUCAUACACUCCCUCGCCGGCUGUUCAGUUCAGGAUCAGUCUGAUACUCGACCAGCUAAAAAUCAGAAAAGAGCUGAACCUCAGCUGACAGACUUUGAAGUCCCAGUAUCGUUUUGGUGGGAGUUGAAGUAUCUUUCAGAGUCUCUGAUGGAGAAUAUUAACGUUUGUGUCACCAACCCUGCUGCCAUUGCUGUUCUCCAGACCUUGCUGAGUGUCUGCCAGAGAAAAAGACCCAUCUUGUGUAAGAAGCUAAACAAAGGCAUUGUGGGAUACUUGGCGUCUCUUAGCUCGGGUCCUGGAGUCAGUACGCUCCUGGUGUUUAUGAAGGACCAGUCCUGCAGUCGGCUCAUCCAGGCCGUGUUUCAGUCUUCACAUAAAGUCCUGCUGCAAGACAUCUACAAGAACCAUCUGAAGAACCAGCUGAUGCCGCUGGCACUUCACCCGUUCGCUAACUACACCAUACAGAGCCUUAUAGCAGCUUCAGUCAAAUACAAAAUGUUCCUGAAGGUGUUUGACGAGCUGCUUGAGGGGUUUGAGGCGAUCCUGGCAGCAGGGAACAUGGGCAUCAUCGUUCAGCUGGUAGAAAGCUGUGCUCAGAGAGAGGAACGACAGUCGGAGAUGAUACAGACCCUCCUUCAGGCUUUCCACUGUGAUGAUCCAGCGACGCGCUACAUCUCCUGUCUUCCUCUCUUCCUGUCCUUACUGACGUACGAUGUGUUCUACGGCUCAGAGGCAGCAGAGGGCGGUGCUGCUCCUCAGCGCCCCCUCAAGAUCUGCUACCACGGUUCGCGUCUGGUCCAGGCCAUGGCCUCCUUCAAAGACCGGACCCUCCUGAUGAACAGCCUCCACAGCCUGAGCUCCGCUGACCUGCUGACCCUGGGCACGGACCCGUCCGGCAGCCACGCCCUGCAGGCCCUGAUCACCUCGGCCAGUGACAAAGGGAAGGGGAAGAUUUUGAGGAAGCUGGAGGGACUGUACGUGCAGUUGGCCUGCUCCCCUUGUGGCAGUCGUCUAUUGGAGGCUGUUUGGAACAGCGCCACCAUCAGUCAGAAGCAGAGCAUAGCGGAGCAGCUGGUUCCCAGUGAAGCACAGUUGCGAUCGGACCGGUUUGCUCGUCACGUCUGGGGUAAAUGCGGCCUGACCAACUUCCAGAAGAGACGAGCCGCCUGGCUGGAGCACCAGACCGGAGAAUCCAAGAAGAGGAAAAUGUUCAGUGAUAUUCUGGAGUAACUACACAGAUGUUCACCUGGACCACUGUGACAUUUGAGUUUGGGUUGGGUUGGGAUUUGCAUUUUCUACACAAAAAAGUCAAUUUUUCCAACAUUGGCAAUUGUAUUUUACACAGUCUUGUUCAUGUAAAUACUAUAUAACUUUAAUUGAAAUUGAAAGGAUCUCCAACAUUAAACUAAUGUUUUUUUUUCUCAGA